UCAGUCGCGCGUCAGUCGCGCAUCGGGCAGCGAGCGAGGAAUCAGCCGCUCACAGGCGCUCAUAAUGCGGCUGUUACUGUGAACUCAUCCCGCUCCCGUUCCCUGUGACGCCAACACUGAACGGGAAACAUGUGGAACACUAACAGAGGAACAUGCCUUCGCAGCAAAGCAGAGUUAUGGGGUUUGUUCAUUCUCCUCUUGUACACCGGUCCUCUCUCCUGCUCUUCAAAUUUCAGUCACCUCAUCUAUAAGAUAAAAGAAGGAUUAUCUAAAGGGACACUCAUAGGGUCUAUCGCUGCGGACUUAAACUUGGGUCUUUCCAGUGAUCCCUCUCGCUCCUUCAAUCUGGAGCUGAAGACGAACAGCCAGCAGUACGUGACUCUGAACAACACGACUGGGGAUCUUUUCACGUCAGCCGUGGAGAUCGACAGAGAGACUCUGUGCGCCGAGUCCCACGAGGGCCAAGGCUGCGCAAUCUUCCUCGACGUGCUAAUCCUUCCUCAGCAAUACUUUCAGCUGGUUAAGAUUAAAAUCAUAAUCGAGGAUGUCAACGACAACCGUCCGCAUUUCCCCGUUGACGAAAUCAGGGUUUCCGUGCCGGAAAACGCUCCUGUUAACGCCAGGUUCGCAGUUGAGCAAUCAGCAGUGGAUCCUGACAUCGGGAUUCACAGUGUUCAAACGUACUGGCUUGUUAACGACUAUGGGUUUUUCACAUUAGACGUAGAGGAGAACGAAGGCGGAGAGCUGACGCCGUUCCUCAUAAUAACCGAGAAUCUUGAUAGAGAAACACAAGCGGAGUACGUGACUGAUAUUAUCGCUGAGGACGGAGGAACUCCACCACUUCUCGGCACUGCCACUCUGAGGAUUAUCAUUACUGACGUCAACGAUAAUUGCCCUAAGUUUACAGAGUCGCAAGUGAACGUUACGCUUUAUGGAAACGCCACUAAAGGCACGCAAUUGGCUCGUCUACAAGCCUACGACCCAGACGAGGGGGAAAACGCCGUAAUCACGUAUUCCUUCAGCGAACGGGUCACCCAAGAAAGCAGAAACCUGUUUCAUUUGGAUACAAUCACUGGGGUUCUUAAACUAGCAGGGAAGAUAGACAACAACACCGGAAAGCUCUACAAACUAAUCGUACUGGCUAAUGGGCCGACAUGUAUUCCAGAAGUUGCAACGGUUACCGUUCAUGUUAUCCGACAGCUUUCCGGACCUCCGGCUGUUGUGCCACGUUACAUCGCGUCCGAGAAAGACGGUGUUGUCAGUCUAAGUGAAUCGGAGCCACCGUUUUCACCAAUUGCUUUUUUCACCAUCAAAAACACAGAGCCACAACCGAAGAUAGAGUGUUUUCUAGAAACUACAGGUCCAUUUCGGCUUGUACCUUAUGAGCGCUUUAAAAACGAGUACCUGCUUGAGACCACCGAACUAUUGGAUUACGAGCAGCAACAGGAUUAUGAAAUGGUCAUUGUGGUUCGUAAUGCUCACGGAUUAGUUGUUAAUACCGUGGUUAAGGUCCACGUGUUGGACGUUAACGACAACGCUCCGGUUUUCAAGCAAUCCUUCUUUGAGAUCACAGUGGAGGAGAACAACCCACCGAACACGUUCCUCGUUCAGCUUCAGGCGACCGACGCGGACAGUGAAAGCAGAGGUCAGGUUUAUUAUCUACUCGGUGCCGACGCUCCCACCAUUUUUGGCUUGGAUAGGUCAACCGGGGUUUUGUCGGUGUCCACUUCUCUUGACCGCGAGGAAAAGGAGACGUACCGAUUCAUGGUGCGAGCCGUCGACCGCGGGACGCCGAGAAAGGAGUCAAUCGCCACUGUGAUUAUAACCGUACGGGAUCGCAAUGACAACAGCCCUCGGUUUAUCAACAAGGACUUUACUUUUUUCGUGCCGGAGAACUUUCCAGGAUUCGGGGAGAUUGGCGUGCUUACGGUUACGGAUGCGGAUGCAGGGGAAAACGGCUGGGUGGCGCUGUCAAUCCUAAACGGGAGUGAUAUCUUCGUGAUUGACACCGGACGAGGUGCGUUACGCGCCAAAACCCCUUUGGAUCGGGAACAGCAGGGAACGUACUAUGUGUGGAUCGAGGCUAUCGAUGGAGGCGAACCGGCUCUUUCUUGCAUCACAAUGGUGACCGUUCUCCUCCUAGAUGUGAACGAUAACCCUCCCACUGUUCUUUUCCCUCAGUCCAACGAAUCGUUCAUGCUGGUGCUUCCCAACACGCUUCCAGGAACGUCGAUUACGGAGGUCUAUGCGGUGGACCGGGACACGGGAAUGAACGCUGUUAUUGCUUACAGCAUCAUCAAGAGAACUGACGGAGAACCGGGAUCGUUUGAUAUCGACCCGUACACGGGAAACAUCACCUUGAGGAAAGCCUUGAACAAUCGAGGUCUUUACAGUUUGUGGGUCAAAGUGAGGGAUCACGGUCAACCAGAACUGUACUCUACUGUACUGGUCAACCUGUUUGUGAAUGAAACGGUUAGCAAUGAGACGCUCAUUCAAAGCUUGUUGCCCAGAGGGGCAGAUAUCAAUCAUGGUGAGGAUCCUCCGAUUAAGGAAGGGAGGGAAGGAGAACGAGUGCCAAAUCAGUGUGGCGAGUUGAGGAUGGUAUUGCUUGCGCUUACGGUGACUUGCCUCGGACUGUUUCUGACCGUCGUGUCAUUGGUGACGUUUAUCUGCUGCAAGAAAAGAAAGCCGAAAAAGAAGAGGUUAGACAUUGAGAUUCCUUUAAAACUCAACCAUGAAAUGGUGGACAAGAACCCAAUGGAGAUUUCAAACAUAUGACACUUGCCUGCUCAGCAAAAGACUGCCCAAACUAUUCUGUUUACAAUGUGUUUUGUGCAUCUCUUAAGUGAAGAUAUAUUGUAUAUAUUGUGCAUACAGUAUGUUUUAUAACUAUGAUGAAAUAUAUAUAUAUAUAUAUAUA